CAGACUCGUGAGAUGAUGUCUUUAGAAUUGCCGACAAUAAAUAUUAGAGGAAAAAAGCGUUUUACUUGAUCAAAUAAUGGAUGGACGAAAGGCGUCGUAAAUCUCGCGUACGUGAUUUAAUAAAAUUCAGAAGCAUUCCAGUGAAUAAUUCAGUUCCCUAUUCUUGUAUAACGAAAAGGACGGACACUUUGUAUAAAUCGAUAGCUACGCGCGCGAAUACGUUUCCGACGGCAUUAUAAUGUUUAUUGCGUUUUCUUAUUUUUUUCCUUUUUAUCAAACAUCAUUGUUAGAAAAAUAUGGAACCGAUAUUCUAUAGAUAGGUGGUACGUAUACUACCUACAUUGUAUUUGUUUCCCAGGUCACGUAACAAUUUCAUCAUAAAUACAACCAAUAUCGUUUAAAAUACAUAUGUACGUAUGUAUGUACAUACAUCGGUUCAAGAGAAAAAGACAAGCGAAAGGUACAAGAAUGGAUAAUAGUUGACAAGAACCGCGUUAGUUGUAAAUUCUAUUAGUUUUGAAAGCCCGUUGAUGACCGAUCCGAAGUGUUUGUACGUAGGCCAGGUAGGCGAAUCAGUUAUCGUAAGCGUAAUCGUCGUCGCCAGUUAUGUUCGAACCGUUCGUUCGGUGGAUAUGCGCGUGUCGGACCAGCGGACUAUAAGAAGGGACGCCUCGCGUCGCGACGCCGCACAAUCUCCACUUUGCCCUCGCUCGAACUUGGUGGCGCGUCCAAGUGAUAUUCAGUGCCCACGGAAGAGGACGGAACGCGAAAGAGAACUGUUUUCUUUUUAUCGAGCUCCAUCGUCCGUCCGUUCAUCUCACCCUCGAUAAAAGAACAAAUAUGAUGCUCGUCGAUGGAUCAACGCGUCGACUUUCCUCGAUGAUGUUCCUCUUUGCUGCUUUUCUGCAACCCACUUUGGCUUUAAUUAACGGGAACAAUGAUUAUCAGCAUUAUCGACAACAGGUUGCUGCUGGAGACCAUUUUGCUAAGGACUUUUAUCGCGCGAAUGUGAAAGAUGACUUUUUAAAUUCAUACUCUUAUUACAAGCCCGUGACAGAAUGCAUGUUUGUGACAACAGAGCCUGGAUCGUUCAUCUAUACUUCGAAAACCGACGACGAGGAAGUCUGUGGCGUUCAUUUUCUAGCAGGGCCUGAUCAAAACGUGGAGAUUACUUUCAUUAAUUUCGACGUUCCUUGCGAACAUCAUGGAUUAAUAUCGAUUGUGGAUGGCUGGGAAUUAAAUGGCGAAAUAUUCCCUAGUGAAAUGGAUCAUCGAUUAUCUUUGAAGCAGAGGAACAUCGAGUUUUGUGGGAAAAGUGUGGGUAUGAAGAGAACGUUGGUCAGUUCGCAGAACGUUGCAGUUAUCCGGUAUAGAAUACCCGUGGCCGGGAAAGGAUUCACGGUCCUUGCACGAUUUAUCAAUAAUCCAAGACCUUGCAACGUGCUUGCGCCGAGUCUGACCGAGCCAUUCACUCUUCGGAAUUAUGGAAGACGCAUAAACUGCACCUACGCCGCCCUUUAUCCUGGAACUGUGCAAAUAAUCGCCCUUGGAGUCGGAAUAACAAACUUUUUAGGGUCCAUUCGGGCCACGGAAACUGGAAUUAUACGUAAAUGCGAUCAAAAGAAUCCACAGGAUCAAGUAGUAAUUGGAGGCAGUUACGGUUUGGAUACGAGUAAAAUGGAGGUGGUCGAUUCCAUUUGCGGGAUGAAUUCCAAGCCAGACUAUCGAGAAAUGGUGGAAUAUAGCGUGACUUCUGUAAAACUAAUAUCCAGUGGUUUCUUCGAAAAUUCCGUAACCGUGCAAAUUCUACCGAUCAAAGAUGACACUUUCACGACACAAGCAUAACUAACU